GCGGAUACGAUAAGUAAAAAAAAGAAAGACAAAUAAAAAAAAUCAUAAUAAUGGCGGACGUGUUUUAGAGUGACGCAAGCUUAUUAUUUUACGGCAUGCUUUUGAUUAAUUUUUCGGUAGAUACAAUUGUUCUAAACCAAUUUAAAACAUCUAUAGUGAACACAUGACCAAUUAGAAUUUUUAAUUUGUAAUCACAUACAAUGGCGCGUGAGUUUGAUCAUCUAUUCAAACUGCUGAUUAUCGGUGACAGUGGUGUAGGUAAGAGCUGUCUUCUCCUGCGAUUCGCCGACAACACCUUUUCCGGUAGUUACAUUACGACUAUAGGUGUAGACUUCAAAAUAAGGACUCUAGAGAUAAAUGGUGUGAGAGUGAAGUUGCAGAUUUGGGAUACGGCUGGGCAGGAGAGGUUCAGAACGAUAACGAGCACUUAUUACAGAGGCACCCACGGUGUCAUCGUGGUGUACGAUGUCACAAAUGGGGAGUCAUUUGCUAAUGUGAAACGGUGGCUGCACGAGAUUGAACAGAACUGUGAUGUUGUUAACAAGGUUCUAGUUGGAAAUAAAAAUGAUUGCCCAUCGAGGAAAGUAGUGGUCACAGAAGAUGCACAAAGGUUUGCCAACCAGAUGAACAUCCCACUGUUUGAAACAAGUGCAAAAGAAAAUAUUAACGUCGAAGAGAUGUUCCUCACAAUCACAAAAAUGGUACUAAGAUCAAAACUGGAGAUGAAGGAAAGACAAAAUGUGACAUCAAACGACACGGUCAACCUUAAAAAGGCUCACAAAACCAAGAAAAAAUGUUGCUAGUGGUCACACGUUGCGGCACAGUGCCUCGGACGUUACACCAAGCUCAAAUAUCGAGAGAUAUGUUGCACAACCCUAUCAGGGCACUACAGCACCGCGGAACAAUAAAAUGUUAGUUUCUCAAAGGUGCAAAUCACAAUAUAACGGUCCCUAACAGUGUAUUUUAGUAUGAAGUGCUAGUUCCAUUUUUAUACAAAUGUUGAUCUCCGUUCAGUAUGUAGUUUUGUGCCUGUCAAUGGUAAUCACACAACUAGAUUAGCUGAUAUUCUUAUUGGUUUGUGCUGGGUUGAACAAUCUCGUACUAAGGAGCAUGUACAUUUUAUGGAAUUAUUGAACCCAAAAAUUACAUUAGGAUAUUACGGAUGCAUAGUUAAUGUGUAUGAUUGUAUUCUCAUCAAAAUUUAUGUGAUGAAGUGCUGUGUAGGAUGGGAUGGGAAGUGUAGGAUAUAAAUGUAUAAUUUUUAUGUUAUCCUGUAUUAUUAGCCACUGGAGAAAUGUAAGUGAAUAAAGCAAUAUUGGAGCGGUUUUUAUUAAGGAAAUUACGUGAAAUAUGUGUUUAUUUAUUAUUAUGAACAGACUUACUAUUGCAACCAGACACAAUACGUUUGAAAUAUUUUUACAGUUAGCUGCUCGCGUACUACAAACAAUUUUUCCAAAUUUUUAUGAGUAUGUUUAGAAUAACCGACUGCAUUUGUAAUAUCGCCUUUAAAAUCAUCCAUAAAAGUGAUACGAAUUGCUAUUCUUUAUCUUUCUUUUUAAAUUCUGCCAAAAGCCACAUGGCAUUGGCAUAGCAUUUACUAUUAUGUUUUUUAGACUUCACUGUAUGAUCGCAAUUCCUGGCCUAAUACCAUUGUCCAUGAUGCCGUAUGUAUAGAAAUUUUCCAGGGGGGCCUGGACUUACAGACUGUCUUGUGUCACCACUAUCUCACCACCACCCAUUGGCUCAACCAACCUUCCGGUUAUAAGAGUUCUCGCGUUUGAUUCCCUACAAAAUCGUACAUUAUAGUGUUCCAAAAUCUUGGAAUUAAUAUUCUACCCUGUUUUACUAAAAUAUAAUUUCUUGGGGUGAGUACUAGGAUAUAGGUACCUCCCUUUACUACGCCCAUGCCAAUAUCAGAUUUUGUCAGUUAUCAUUGAUUGGGUCUCACGCCACGCUAGCUAGAUGACAGGGUGAGAUCUGAUUGGUGAUUAUUUAAGUCUAGAUUAGCUGGUCCAAGAUAGCUUCGGAUAACAUUUGAAACUUAGAGACGGAGUUACUAUUAUCAUGUACUUCAGGAUGUUGGCAUUAACAAGUAGAAGAGUGGAUCAUGGAAAUAAUGGUUUUUUUAAGCUUUUCCCAAUAAAAUAUCUGGACACUAAAAAUGCAAGACUAAAAGCCACAAACCAGUGUGCAAAUUGUAUAUCUAGUGAGAUGAAUAUAAGUAUUUAUAAAUUUUUAAUUUAAUCAUUUAAAAUUUCGCUAGUAUUGUGUACCUAUGUUAUGUAUGUAUCCAAAAUGUUAAUUUAUUUAUUUUAACCUUUUGUAGCUUAUUUACAACAAAAUUUACUUUAGAAAUAAUAAAGUCUGUCAGUAAUUAUUAGUCUCAUAUUAUGUUGUAUUGGAUUUGAUAAAACAAAAAAAUUGUUGCGUACAAUAUUUUUAUUCAACAGCCUUUUUUCGAACAUGAAUAGUUUGAAAUUAGUAACUAAUAGUCACUCUUUUUUAUUAAUUUGAUAAAUUAUUAAAUUUAGCUUAUGAUUUCGUGCUUAGAUGAAAUCAUACAUGUAUACAUAUCUUUACAGUGUUUUCGUAGAGAUUUAGCUCCACUUGCCUCUAUUUAUAGGAAUGUAACGGUAAAAGAGCAAGAUAAUACAUCACAUUAAAAUGUUUCAAACAAUUAACCAACGGCUUUUUUAACAAGCUUUUAAUAGCAAUACAAAAUAAUCAUCAAAAUCGGUUUACUAACGACGAAGUUCUCUGCGAACACACAUUUAAAAGCAUAUGAAUGCGAAAUCUCCUUUUCUACAGCAGGUUAAAACUAAUUUGGAAUUCGAAAUAAUUUGUAAUGUGAAUAAAAUGUUUUCAAUGAUACUUGAUAUCAUUGAAUAAAUGUUUGAAGUCUCGUAAAAAUAUCUUUGUGCAUCUUCGUUCUAUUUUAUAGAUACGUGAAUAAGAAUACUUGAAACCAGGUAUUUACUAGGCCAAUAGAAGAUUGUCGUCCUUUCAUCCUUAAAUAGAUGGCAAGCUUAUCCACUUUGUUCUAUAUCAAGUUUAAUGGCUAUCAUUCCGUACACAAUGCCUGUACGUUUAUUAUGUUUAAAAUGCAUGAUUUUUCUCAGUACUCGUAUUAUUUUAAGAAAUAUUGUUCAUACCAGCAUUUUAUUUGUUUUUAAAAUGUAAAUAGAUGAUAUAUUUUGCCCAUAAUAA